AGCAUCUUGGCAGGACCCUGCGGAAAGCGAGAGCGAGGAGGAAGGGGGAGGGAGAGGAAAAAAAAAAAAAAAAGGGACCCCCCCUCACCCCCCCCCUCGGUGCGAGGGGCAGAGACAGAGAGGGGAACGCAGCAGAGAGCGGGGGCAGAGCGAGCGGGAAGUGGUGCCCAGCGCGGGGCGCGGAGCGGUGCCGCUGCCCGGCUGGCGAGGGCGGCCAGCCCCGGCCCCAGCCCGGCCCCAGCCCAGCGCGGCGGCUCCCCCGGGCCCGCGGGUGUAUGUGUGCGCGGGGCCAUGUCGUAUCCUCAGGGCUACUUGUACCAGCCGUCUGCCUCCUUGGCUCUCUACUCGUGCCCGGCGUACAGCACCAGCGUGAUUUCCGGACCCAGAACCGAUGAACUUGGGAGAUCUUCUUCGGGCUCCGCUUUUUCCCCUUAUGCCGGAUCUACCGCCUUCACCGCCCCGUCCCCGGGUUACAACUCGCACCUCCAGUACGGCACGGACCCGGCCGCCGCCGCCGCCGCCGCUUUCACCUCCUACGUGGGCUCUCCCUACGAGCACCCUCCGGCCAUGGCGGGCUCCCUGGGCUACCACCCGUACGCGGCGCCGCUCGGCUCCUACCCCUACGGGGAUCCGGCGUACCGCAAGAACGCGACGCGGGACGCCACGGCCACGCUCAAGGCCUGGCUCAACGAGCACCGCAAGAACCCGUACCCCACCAAGGGCGAGAAGAUCAUGCUGGCCAUCAUCACCAAGAUGACCCUCACCCAGGUCUCCACCUGGUUCGCAAACGCGCGACGGCGGCUUAAGAAAGAGAACAAGAUGACCUGGACCCCGCGGAACCGCAGCGAGGACGAGGAGGAGGAGGAGAACAUCGACCUGGAAAAGAACGACGAGGACGAGCCGCAGAAGCCGGAGGAGAAGGGGGACCCCGUCUCCCCGGACGCAGGAACGGCGGAGCCCAGGGCCGCGCCGGGCUGCGAGCGCUUGCAGGAGCCCCCCAGCCCGCGGGAGGCCGAGGCCGGCCUCAGCGACUCGGAUUGCAAGGAGCCGCCGGAGGAGCGGCUCGACGGGCCGCCCGCGCUGCCCAAAGCGCCCGGCGCUUCCCCGCUGGGGCCGUGCCCGGGGGGCCGCGGUCCGGGCCCCGAGGAGCCCCCGCCGUUCCGGCCGCCCUCCGCCGCCGCGGGGCCGCAGCACGUCGCCGAGCCGCACCCGCUGCCUCCCGCCGCCGCCUCCGUCAUCCACUCGCCGCAGCAGGCGGCCCUCGCCAAGCCCAAGCUCUGGUCGCUGGCCGAGAUCGCCACCUCGGCGGACAGGGCGAGGGAGGCGGGCGGCGAAACGGCGGCCCCCGGCCCCGCCGUGCUGGGAGGCGGCGGCCCCCCGCGCCCCUCUCCGCCGCGGCCCCGCUCGCCGUCCGCGCAGUGCCCCUUCCCCAACGGGGCGGUCCUGCCGCGGCCGCUCUACUACACGGCGCCCUUCUACCCCGGCUACACGAACUACGGCUCCUUCGGGGCCCUGCACGGGCACCCCGCCGGCGGGCCCGCCGCGCCCGGCGCCGCCUUCAAUGGAUUAAACCAGACUGUGCUGAGCCGGGCCGAGGGGCUGGGGAAGGAGCCCAAGGCGGCCAGGAGCCAGCCCCAGGCAGAGCUCGGCAAGGACUCGCCGUACGAACUGAAGAAAGAAAAAGAGCGUUAAUCUGCCCCAUCUCGGGGCCCGAGGAUCGGAGCGGAGGAGACAUUCACUGCAAGCACGUAGGGGAAUAAGGGUCUCGCUUUAUUGAAUCAUCAAAUCCCAGGAACGAAGCUCUUAAUUAAUUAUGGGUGCUAAAAAUUCAGGCCAGCUGCUACUUUUUACUCGGCUCUGACAGAGAAAGACAAAGUCUGCGGCGAGCUCCUCCGAGGCGCUCCGCAUAAAUCAGCGCUCCCGGCCCGCGGGGACAGAUGGCGCCUCGGCCCCGCGCCGCCCGCAUUCCUCCACCGCACCGCGGCGGUGCGGGAGCGCCGGCCCGGCCCUGUCCGACGGCGCGGCCGCGGGAGCGGCUCCUGUUCGCCGCCGGAAGGAGCGGCAGAACCCCGCGGUGCCCGCGGCCGGCGCUGCCCGGAGCCCUAUGAACCGGCGGGUUCGCGCCCCAGACCGACGGGCUCCGCGCCGCGUUUCCGGGCGGCCGUCGGCGGUGCGGGCCCGCAGCUCACAGCCCGGCGCUGCGCUUCCCCGGCGAGGCGCCGCGUCCUGCCCUGCGGGGGUCCGGCCCCGCACCUCUCCUUGCCGCCGCCAUCGCCAUUUGCUUAAAGCAAACCGCGGCCCUCUCCUCGCUCACGCCUGAUGGAUGCAAAUGUAAAUGUGCACUUAUUUAAUUGGAUCGGGUCCCAAGAUAAAAGAGAUAAACGGCUCCCGGUUUGCCAAGUUAUUUUCAGAGGCACGCGGUGCCGUGCGGAGGGAAAGUUAAUGAAGAGGAGCGGCCGCCCCGCGUCGAAACGGCUCUCUCCGGCCGCGGGGGGGCCCUCGGGCCCGGUCUCACCCCACGGAGCCCCGCUCCCCUCGCCCCGUCCGGCCCCGCGUGCGGGUGCACCGCAGACGGUACUGAUACCAACAUCGGGUUUGUCGCUAAAGGCCUUCCAAAACAAAUUCUCCGGCUGAAUGCCAACGCGUGCGUGUCGGCCGGUGACAGCUGAUUAGUGAAAUGAUUUACGGCCAAGUUAAAAAAAAAUUGAUACUGUCAAAGGCUGCAAUUUGAAAAAAUAAAAAAGAGAGAGAAGGCAGCUCAGCCUUCAGGGCUUCCACCGCAGCGCCAGCCCACCCCACACCACGAGCACCUGCAGCCCUCCGGGCCGCGGUGGGCCGCACUGCUCAGAGCACAGCCCAGCCCUGUCCCCUCACUGCCUGCCCACAGCAUCACCUGCAGCCCCGUGCUGCGGCCUUAGGCUGCCUUUUUGUUUCGAGACUUUUUUCUGCUCAUUAAUUGAUUAAAUAAAAAACCCUUCCCUCA